GAACUUUUGAUCUUUUGUCCUAGUUCAUGAUGAUGAUGCAUGCAGCCGUGGGUCUCUGGGUCCUAUCAGCGGUGAUCUGCGUCGGCAGAGCCGAUCACCAUGGCGAUCACCACAUGGGUCACGGCCACGACAAGUCCAGCCAAGACACUGGAGCGGACGGCGGCGCCAACAGCGUCGCCCUGGUGAACGAAGCCAACCAAGAGUUUUCCUUCCGCCUCUACAGGAAGCUAGCAGCUCACGCUGACUCACAGGGACAGAACAUCUUCUUCUCCCCGGUUAGCGUGUCCACCGCCUUGGCCUUGUUGUCCGUGGGCGCGCAGGGGGAGACGCACCGCCAGCUUUUCAGUGGUCUGGGCUUCAACAGCUCCCUCUUGACCCAGACCGAUGUGGACCAGGCCUUCCAGACGCUCCUCCAGGGGGCCAACAACGCAUCCCAGGAGGACGCCGACGAAGGGACCGCCGUGUUCGUGGACAACCGCUUCAAGCCAAAGCCAGAGUUCCUGCAGACCCUGAAGCAGUCGUACUUCACAGAGGGGUUCAACGUGGACUUCACCAAAACCACAGAAAGUGCUGAUACCAUCAAUAAGUACGUGGGGGAGAAGACCAAGGGGAAGAUAGACAAACUGGUGGAAAGCCUGGAUCCGAACACCGUCAUGUGUCUCAUUAGCUACAUCUACUACAAAGGAAAGUGGGCGACUCAGUUUGACCCUCAGCUCACCGAGCAGGACGACUUCCACGUGGACGAGAACACAAAGGUUCGAACCGCCAUGAUGAACAUGGAGGAACGUUUUCACUCCUAUUAUGACCACGAGCUAAAGACCACGGUCCUCCAGCUGCCCUUCAACAGCUCCUACUCCAUGCUGCUGAUGUUGCCUGACGUCAUGGAAACGCUGGAGAACGCCAUCUGCCCCAACCACGUCACCAAAUGGUUGAAGGCUAUGACGAGACCCAGGUUGGAGAAUCUUGAUUUCUACUUCUAAUAUGUGGAAGGUUUGACAUUAAAUAAGGUCCUGAGCUUU